AUAACAAUAUGAAAUUGAUACUUUUUUUUUUAUCCAAAGUCCAUAUAAAAAAAAAAUAAUGUAAACACGUUCAACAUACUUACUCGUUAAUCUUAAUAUUAUAAAAAAAAAAAAAAGUGUACUUAGUGUUUUAUAUAAUUUUAAUCACGUUUUACAAAAGCUAUAGUUUUUUAAUCUCGAGGAUGUGUUAUUGAGUUUAAAAGUCAAAUAAAUAAACAAUAUGUCACUAUCAAAACCAUCAGAACUUAUUUAUGAAAUUAUUGGAUCUUAUUUCAGCAGAUUGUAUACAGAUCCAAUUAAAACAAAAGCAAUAACAAGCUGUGUACUUGCAACAAGUGGCAACUAUGUUGCUCAAAAAAUUAUGGGAGCAAAAAAAUUAAAUGAUGACACUUUACUUGCAUUUGGAUUAUUUGGAUUGUUCUUUGGUGGACCAGUACCUCAUUAUUUCUACAAAUACAUUCCUCAGAUUGUUAAAAAUCCAUUGGGAAUUUUAUUAAUUGAAAGACUUAUUUACACUCCAUUAUUUCAAUCAUUGUCAUUGUACAUGCUUUCAAUACUUGAGGGUAAAACACAUGAUGAUUCUUAUUCAAAUUUAAAAAAAAUGUAUUUACCAAUUUUAAUGGCCAAUUGGAAGUACUUGACAUUGCUGCAAUUUAUUAAUAUUAAAUAUGUUCCACCAAUGCUUCGUGUUCUCGUUGUGAAUUUGAUUGGCUUCCUCUGGACAAUUUAUCUAGCAAAUGCUAGAGAAAAAAAAAUGAAUAAUCAACGACCAAAAAAAUAAA